UUCAAUAGUAAUUCUCAUUACGUGUGUUACCGCAUACAGAGCACCGGCUCGUUUCUUAUGCAUUAUCAAUUGCUUGAAAAAAAUUCAAAAGGUUAAAAGAAUUGUAAGUGGUGUAAAUAACUCAAAUUUGACUGAAAACUUCAAAAUUGUAAUGGUUUUGUUAAGCUGUGUUGGCUUGGUGUUCCUAAUAUUUUUCGAUAUUUAUGGCUACGUGACGGAAGCACUUACAUAUGGCAGAGAAGUACGAACAUUACUUCUUUACUCGUUUCUAUAUUAUGAGUACUUUAUUGUGCUAUUGGUUCAUUUACAAUUCAUAUUAACAGCGCAGAAAGUACUUUCAGCUCUGCGAUCGGUUAAUGAUGAAUUGCAGCAGCUGACGAUCACCUUUGAGCCUAAACGUAAUAAAUGUUAUAGCCAUUUUGGAAAUGUAUUUAAGACGAACUCUGACAAUUACGGUUUACAAGAAAAUUCAACCGUAUCAAACAAAGUUAUAAAUUAUGUAAUAGAUUCUUUAUCUGUUAAGGAAAAGCUUAAUGAUAAGAAGUCUCUUUGUGGAAAUAAUAGGACAGUACGUGAUUUAUCCAACGCAUAUGCCGAAGUCUGUGACAUUUUGAGACAUAUCGAUGAGAGUCACGGCUUAAUACUACUUUUGAUUCUAAUCGCUUUCUUUAUGCAACUAAUAAUAACACCAUAUUAUCUGAUAACAACUCUUUGUGAGUGUAUUCUAUAUUUCAAUAAAUUAGUAAAUUUAAAAAGUUUCUUAACUUAG